AUGAAGUGGCUAAUUCUUGCUCUAGUGUGCCUUCACCUCAGUAAUGCUAUUGUCAAAGUACCCUUAAAAAGAUUCAAGUCUAUGCGGGAACUGAUGAAAGAAAAAGGUGUCAAUGGACCUCUCCUAUACAAGUAUUAUGAUCCAGCCAGCAAAUAUACCAACAGUUUUGCCACUGCUGAUGAGCCCCUUGCUAACUACAUGGAUCUGACCUAUUAUGGACAGAUCAGUAUUGGAACUCCACCUCAGAACUUCAUGGUUCUCUUUGACACUGGGUCGUCCAAUCUCUGGGUGCCAUCCGUCUAUUGCCAAAGUCAGCCUUGCAACAACCAUCCAUUAUUUAAUCCCAGCCAGUCUUCUACUUAUUCCAGCAAUGGACAAACUUUCUCUAUGCAGUAUGGAAGUGGUAGUCUCACUGGGGUCUUUGGCUAUGAUACUGUAACGAUCCAAGGCAUUCCUAUUACCAAUCAAGAAUUUGGCCUAAGUGAAACUGAGCCUGGCACUGCUUUUCUCUAUUCAAAAUUUGAUGGCAUCCUGGGUCUGGCCUAUCCCUCCCUUUCCGUUGGUGGUGCCACCACUGUAAUGCAGGGAAUGAUCCAGGAGAAUCUGAUUGAUGCUCCUAUUUUCAGCUUUUACCUGAGUCGGCAGCCAAGUUCCCAGAAUGGUGGUGCACUUAUACUUGGAGGAGUCGAUUCCAGUCUCUACACUGGUCAGAUUAAUUGGAGUCCAGUUACCCGAGACUUAUAUUGGCAAAUUGCGAUUGAAGG